UCAAAACAAUAGUGAUUGCAACUGGUGUAAGCUACGGCUAUGAAGAAGAAGUUUUACAUUUCCUUUUCAAGAUGGCAUGGCAUAACAAACCAGAACUGCCAGUUUUUGGGAGUGGUCGUAACCACAUACCACUUAUUCAUGUGAAGGAUAUUGCCAUAUUGAUUUAUUUAUUGUUAGAGGAUUUUCCAAAAAAACGGAAGUAUAUUUUGGCUGUGGAACAAAUAUCAUCACCCCUGAGGAAAAUUGUCAAGGCAGUAAGUAAAGGACUGACAACUGGUGAAUAUAAGAAGGUGCCUAAAGAAGAAGCUUUCCUUAUUCCUUCACUGACACAACAGAUAUUUGAAAUGCUUACUGUUAAAUUGAAAAUGGAAUCAAUUUUCCUGUCUGGUGAGAGCCUUGGAAUGAAGUGGCACUCAGAACCAGGUUUCGUCGACAACAUUCAAAAUGUUGUAACUGAAUAUAGAAAUGCUAGAAAGCUUAAGCCUCUUAAAUUGGUUAUUCUUGGCCCUCCAGCAUCUGGAAAGACGACUGUUGCAAAACAAAUUGCUGCAAACUAUGAACUUCAUUAUCUUCAAAGUCAGGAGGUCAUCCAGUUUGCUAUCGACAAAAUGAAAAGUAAAAUAGAGAAAUUGAAAAUGGAAGAAGAAGAACGAGAAAAGCAAGAAGCAGUGGAGAAGGUGAACGAAGAUGAUGAAGAAGGAGGAGAAGAGGAAGAAGAGGAGGAAGAGGAAGAGGAAGAAGAAGAAGAAAAAGAAACCAUAGAUGACAUCACUGCUCGUUUGGAAGAAUUAACAACAGAAAUGGCUGAAAACAUGGGACGCUUAUCAGAGGAGACUAUGAUUCGGUUAUUAAAGGAGCGUAUGCUUUCAGCCCCAUGUCAGAAUCAGGGAUAUGUACUUGAUGGUUAUCCAGAACUGUUAUGGCAAGCUAAAGAACUUUUUGGCCUUGGAGAAGGUGAAGAAGAAGAAGCAGCAGGCGAGGAGGAAGAGGAGGAAGCUCCAUUGAAUUAUGAUCGCCGUAUAAUGCCAGAAUUUGUAAUAAGUCUGGAAGCCAGUGAUGAGUUCUUGUGUAACAAAGUGAUGCUGCUGCCUGAAAGCGUUGUGCAAAACACGCAUUAUGCUGAAGAGCCCAUGCUGCAAUGCCUCAGUGAAUAUAGGAUGAACAACACAGAUGAUACCACAGUACUCAACUUUUUUGAUGAAAUGGAAGUUCAUCCUAUACUAAUAUCUGUUGAAGAAGACUUAAGUCCUACUUUAAACACAAUAGUUGAAACUAUAAGUGAGAAAAUUGGCAAGCCACGCAACUAUGGCCCAACAGAGGAAGAGCUUGAGAUGCUUGCAUGGAAAGCAGAACAAGAAAGAAAACAAAAGGAAGAAGAAGACCUGGAAAGAAGGAAAGAAGCAGAAAGAAUAGCCCAUGAAACACACAUGCAAAAAAUGGAGGAAUGGGUUCGUCUCAUGGAUGCUAUGAAACAAGAAGAAGAGGAGAUGCUGGCUAUACAGUCACUACCAUUGCGUCAUUACCUUAUGAAAUAUGUAUUUCCUACACUAACAAAGGGUCUAAUGCAGGUUGCUCAAAUACGUCCUAGUGACCCCAUAGAUUAUCUGGCUGAAUAUUUAUUCAGAGAAAAUCCAGAAGGCAAAAUGUUGGAGCCACAUUAUCAUCCAGCUGCCGAGGAACUCUUUGCAUCCAUUAAGAAAUUUCAAAGUAUUGCAAAAAAAAGUGGGGAAGGAGGCCAGUCCACUGAUACUGAGUCGAAGUAACAGCUGACUAUCACAUUUAGACUCUAUUGUUAAUGAAGUGUCAAAGCCUGUUUGCUUGCUUUAUGAGUGAAUUGUAUCCAAUAUUUUGCUCUCAGAAGAGAAGGUCAUAAAAUAAUUUUAUUUGUCAUAAAUAAAAACUGUUCAUGUUUUA